AUGUGGCAAUUGUCAAUUCCGUGGGAACUAAUUGAGCCCACUAUGUGUAAGUCCUUUGGCGCUACUCUAUCAGGACCUGCACUUCAGUGGCUUAUCAAUCUCAAGCCAGGUACCAUCACCAGCUUCUCCAGCUUGGUGAACAAAUUCUAUCAUCAAUUCGCCACCAGCCGAGAGCUGGAUAAGCAGAGCAGUGACCUGUAUCGGAUCGUUCAGAAGCAGAACGAGACAACCCGGCAGUACUGGGACAGGUUCAAUCGAGAAAUGGUCAGCGUCAAAAAUUGUGACCACUCAACUGCUAUCGAAGCCUUUCGCAAAGGUCUUAAUUACAGAUCCAGGUUGUAUUAUGAGCUGACAAGAUAUCCUUGCUCUUCAUUUGAAGAAGUUAGAACCAGAGCAAUGGCUGAAGUCCGCGUAGAAGAAGAUGAGCAUGCCAGGAACUUGGUCGAAAGGAGACCGUCGGGAUACCCGGGGAAUCAAUCUUCUAACAAUAAAAACUCUGGCACCCGACAAAGUAGCUGGCAGCCAAGGCGCAGCAACGUCAACAGCAUAUCCGAGCCAAAAGCAGGUGAAAGCUCCAGCUGGCCAGCUAUAGAGUACCAUCUAGAUAUCAGCUCUUAUGGCUUCGAUACCGAUAUAGUAGGAGUGGUAAACGCUCUCAAAGAUAUUGGGCAACCGGUAAGGUGGCCUAGGAAGAGCGACAAACCCGACCACCAGAAGGAUAAAUCAAGGUGGUGUGAAUACCAUGGAGACCAUGGGCAUAGGACUAACGAGUGUAACAGUCUUAAAAGAGAAGUAGCCUGGCUGCUUAAGAGAGGCUAUCUGAAAGACCUCCUUGGAAAAAAGGGAAAAGGGCCUGAAAUCAAGCGGGAAGCACUGCCAGGUCCGCCAGCUUCGCCUACCCCAGGCGUUGUGAUUCAAGCAAUAUCAGGAGGAUCUAGCAUCAGCGGUCUGACCAACUCCAAUGCAAAGCGUAUAGCAAGAGUUGGAACCUCCGCAUCCAGCAUCCCCCAAACCUAUCCAAGCAGUGAAGAAAAGAAGCUGGAUGAUAUGGCAAUACUAUUCGAUGAGAGUAGGAUUAAUGAGCCCGAGCAUCAUGAUUUCUUGGUAAUCUCCCUCCAUGUGGGUCAUUGCAAGAUGAAGAGAGUACUAGUAGAUAAUGGAAGCUCGGCCAACAUAAUUUUCAAAGACUCUCUAGAUCAAGCCGGCUUCAAAGAGUCCAACAUCACCAAAAGGUCUACGGUCCUGGUCGGGUUCAAUGAUGAACCUAUGAAUUCCCUAGGAGAAAUCCAGCUACCUACGCUGCUCAAAGGAAUCAACAUGAUGCACAAGUUCUACGUGAUAGACUGCAAAAUUGCUUAUAACGUGAUAGUAGGAACCCUUUGGAUCCAUAAAAUGAAAGUUAUCCCAUCUACCUAUCACCAACUGCUCAAAUUUCCAAGCCCGUGGGGAGUGGCAGUAGUCGAAGGAGACAGGAAGCAAGCGCGGGAAUGCUACCAGCUCGCCCUAAAACCCCAUGGCCCCGCCAUCUAG